AUGCAAACAGCAGCAGCAGCAACAACAACACCACCCGCAGCAACAGCAGCGGCACUAGCAGCAGAAGUAGCAACAGCAGCAGCAACAGCAGCAAUGCGAACAGCACUUGCAGCAGCCACAGCAGAAGCAAUAGCUGUAGUAAUGGCAACAGCAGCAGCAGCUGCUUCUCAUCCCGCUGUAAAUGCAAGAAAAUCAGCAAAAACAGCUGCAGCAACAGCAGCAGCAGCAACAGCAGCAGCAGCAACAGCAGCAGCAGCUUUCCAUCAGAGAGUGCGUCAGCGUCAUCAGCAGCAAAAGCAGCAGAGUUGUAAACCACAGGGCCAGCAAAAUGCUCCACCACAAACUGCAAGUUCCCUGCAGCAGCAGCAGCAGCAGCAGCAGCAGCAGCAACCGCAGAAGCAGCUAUGGCAACAGCAGCAGCUGCAGCAGGCGCUGCCUAUAACCACUGUGCAGGGAAAGCAAAUUUUAGUAUUAGCAGAAGGGGAGGCACACAGCAGCAGCAGCAGCAGCAGCAACAGCAGCAGCAGCAACAAUAUCGGCUGCUGGCAAAAGGGAGGGGCACAACCCGCAGCAGCAGAGCCAAGCACGCAGCAGCAAGCAGUAGCAGCAGCAGCAGCAGCAGCAGCAAAGGCAGCAGUAUCGGCAGCAGCACAAGCAGUAACGGAGCUGCAACAAAUAGCAGCAACAGCACCAGUAUCUGCAGCAGCAGCAACAACAACAGAAGCAGCAGCAGCAGCAGCAGCAGCAGCACCAGCAGCAACAGCAGCAAACACAGCAGUAAGAGCGGCACCAGUAGCAGCCAUGCAAGCAGCAACAGCAGCAGCCCCAGCAGCAGCAGCACGAAUAACAGCAGCAGCAACGGCAGCAGCAGCAAAAACCCUGCAAACAACAGCAGCAGCAGAAACAGCAGCAGCAGCAGCAGCAGCAGCAAUUACUCUUUGA